GCUAGGCUACUACGAAGGAUGCUCUUAUCUGCUGAGACGCAUGCAUUGGACACCUGCAUGACGAAACUACUAUUUUGGAAAGAAGUAACCUGCAAACUGCCAAACCUCGGUUUGUAGUCUUAAAAUAUCUAGAAGUAAAAGGUUUUUCAAGACGGUAAGGUCACAAAGGCUCAUUAGUGGCUCUAUUUUGCUGCCUAGUUUGCAGCCAUUUGCAUCCAUCUUGAAAGGUUAAUUAUCGCUCAUAAAGAAAUGGUAGCAUAUUAUAAUGCGUUGACACAAUACAACCAACGGUUUAAAGUCAUAUAUUUGUGCUAAAACAUAGUAAUUUUACAGAUUUGUUUAUAUUAAAAACGCCUACGUAAUGAAUAUACUGCUGUAGUAAGUAAAUUAUUACUGAAAGAUCAAAUGCAUUGUCUUUUGUACGCAACUUUCAGUUGUAAUAAUUAACUGUGUAACUAAUGAAUAGUUAAUAAUAAUGACUCACUGACUGGAAUGUAAAAGCCUAUAUUUGUACUGGUUUUACUACUUUUAUGAAUUUGAGCAUCUGAGUAAAUUUGACAAAUCUCUAGGUAGGUGUAUGGGUAGGCAUCUCCAUGGAAACCUCAAGCGUGUGUGUGUGUGUGUGUGUGUGUGUGUGUGUGUGUGUGUGUGUGCGUGCACCAGACACAUGCCUGGGGUCAAGGUUAGUGGAGGUUUAAAGUUAUUACUCAGAGGGCAUUUUAUGUGUUAUUUUAGAAAGUUAUACCAAACAGUGCAUUGCAACACUGGCCAUGCCUUCUUCUUCCUCCCUAUCUCCCUCCCAAGUAGAGACUAGAGAUGUCCUCUGUGUGGCAACAGGAGCCGAUAGUGUACUCUCCCAGUGUAGAGAUCGAUUCCAGCACCGUGAGGAGGAAGGCCCGGGUGGGUUCCUCACAGCACUGGCUAAAGCAGGAGCAUGACCUGGAAGUUGUCAAGUGGGAGAGCAUGACCUCUGGGGCAACUAGCGAUGUGGAGCAGGACAACACACCCAGCAGUGCUGUAUCCACGGCCUCCCAGCCUGAGGGCAGCCUGCCUCCCCGGGUCAUGCUGACCAUCACCAAGCUGCAGUGCAUGCUGGAAGGUAAACAGGAGCGCAUUGCUGCCCUGGAGAGACAGGUGGAGGACCUGCAGCAGGACAGGAAGUUCCUCAGGAGCCAGAUUGAGAACCUGACCAGCCAGCGCUCUGUCCCAACCUUCACUACCACCGCCACUUCAGCCGCUGAAGCACCUAAAGCAGGGAAGUCACUGUAUUCCGAACCCAAACCCCGGAAGAGAGAGAGGGUUGCAUCAUCCAGCUCUUCCUUCAGUAAUGAAAGUGGCUCAGAAAUGUCUGUCUCCACCGUUAUGUCCGGAGCCUCGAGCGACCACAAGAAGCGGAGACACCACAAGGACAGGAGGAGAGGAAAGAAAGGGAAAGACUACAGCAGGAAGAGAGCCACUGGCGUCCAAUACGUGAUCCACCGCUACAAACAAGUCCUCUCGGCCUUCAUCAAGAAGAAGAGCAUGAGUGGCGCUUUCCGUCACUACGGCAUCGACAGGAACACCAUUGCCAACACGGCGUCCAUCGCUGAGCUCUACCUGGCAGCCAAGGAAACCCUGCCGCUGGUGGGGAUGUUCCGCCCACGAGAGGAGACCCUGGUGAGCUACGCCCAGAAGUGUGCCCUAGUCAUUGAGACUGACGUGGCGUUAGCCAGGAAGAUUGAGCAGAUGAAAGCCACAGGGGAGCUCCUGCCCAUCACUGUGAAAAAGGCUAGGGUCAUGCACUCUGCUCACCAACAGCUAGGGGGCACCGCUGAGAGCCUGUUAAUGGGCUGAUGAUGUAGCUUGGGGGCUUUGAGGGGUGAGUUGGACUGGAAGUGAAGAACAAUUGUUUGACAGAUUGGAGACAUAUUUAAUUUAAAAUUGGGGUCCUGGGUUGAUAUAAUCACAUGAGAAGGAUUUCUCUGCCUCUAUUUAUUGCAAUGUAACUAUUAGUGUAUCUAGAAUGCCUUCUUUAAAAGUAAUGAUUGUUUUUCUAUAGUUUUUUUUGAUAUCGUAUGAAUAAAACAUUCAACAGGUUUAAGCGGGCACAUUUCACACAUGUUCUCAGAAGACCAUGUCUUUUUGCUUAGGAAUUGUCCUCACUCAAUAAUUGCCAUUCAUUCAUAGUGGUCUGUGCUGAACAAACACGGUACUAAACAAACACAGAACUGAACAAACACGGUACUAAACAAACACAGUACUGAACAAACACGGUACUGAACAAACACGGUACUAAACAAACACAGUACUGAACAAACACAGAACUGAACAAACACGGUACUAAACAAACACAGUACUGAACAAACACGGUACUAAACAAACACAGUACUGAACAAACACGGUACUAAACAAACACAGUACUGAACAAACACGGUACUAAACAAACACAGUACUGAACAAACACAGAACUGAACAAACACGGUACUAAACAAACACAGUACUAAACAAACACGGUACUGAACAAACACGGUACUAAACAAACACAGUACUGAACAAACACGGUACUGAACAAACACGGUUGCAGCUAGCCAUAGCCACAGAAUGGGUUUUCCCUAUAGCAUACAUGACUUACACCAGUAGAAGUAGUGACUUUUGUUUGACAGUGUUUUUCCCUGGAAGUAUCCCUCUCUAUUUGACUUAAUGUUGAUAAUAACUCAUCUGAAGAUUCCAUAUUGCUGCUUUUUCCCUUGCAGACCCAAGGACAAAUAGACAGUAAACUCAUUGUGAUGGUCAGAAAUGACACAGUUGAAUGGUUAUCUUCGACCGACGGAGACUAGAAAUAUGAUGAGAAACAUCCACCAGAUGGCACUGCACUCACUUCAAUGAAUGUUUACACCACUACUUCUGUAAUCCUGAGUACAUUUUCCAGGAGUAUUUUUCCAAAAUGGUGGACACUAUGUCUGCUUCCCGAGAGCACUUUGAUAUUAUUUUAUUUCUUGCACCUAAGUAUUUAUUUGGUUUGAUAUUUUGAAAACCACACAGUUGGUAUGUGUAUACUGAUGCAUUUGGAACAUGCUGCCAUUUUUAGGGCUGUGAUUUACACAUUGACUUAGCUUAGUAAAAUAUUGCGGUUUUUAGGUGUUUUAACUCACAACCUUCAGAAUUUAGGAGAAUAAAAUAGAAUAUCUGCUAUUAAUUGAUGGUGUGAACAAGCGUUGAACUACUGUUAGUCCUACCUUGGGAUGGGAUAUCCAAUGUACUGUUGUGAAUUAUAAUUGCUAAAAUGGACAAUUUUUCUGUUGACACUGGGCUAUUCACUUUUUGUUCACUUAUCUUAUCUCUCAAACUAUGAUUCUUCAAAACAUAUUUUACUUAUUUGAAUGGUUUGAGAAAUAAAGCUUUUAGCAAUA